UACAGAGUCACCAUGUGGAAGACGAUACUGCUGUGUGCGUUCCUAGGUCUGGCGGCUGCCCAGAAGGCCACCUUCAACAACUAUAAGAUCUUCAAGAUCUUACCGACGACGGAGAAACAGGUGCAAUUACUGCAACAGCUCGAACAAGUUGCCGAUGGGUUCUCCUUCUGGAUAUCGCCGAGCUAUGUGGGUAGAAUCGCAGAACUUAUGGUUGCCCCGCACAAACUGCCAGAGUUUCACGAAAUAAUGAAGCAAGUCAACAUGGCAUAUUACAAUCACAUUGAGGACGUGCAGAAGCUGAUUGACUCGUCGACGUCUCGGGCCCAAGCAGACUUCGAUUUUACUGGUUAUCAUACCCUCGAGGAGAUCUAUAAAAACCUGGACGACCUGGCCAAACGGUACCCCGACAAGGUGCAAGUCAUAGUGGGCGGUCAGUCAUACGAGAAACGGCAGAUUAAAGGCGUAAAAGUGUCCUUCAAGUCAAACAACCCCGGUGUCUUUAUCGAGGGUGGUAUUCAUGCUAGGGAGUGGAUUUCGCCUGCCGUCGUCAUGUACAUAACGCACCAAAUCUUGACCAGCAAAGACGCGGAUGUCAGAGACAUGGCCGAGAGCUACGAUUGGUACAUCUUCCCCUCGUUUAACCCGGACGGAUAUGUGUACACGCACACCACGAAUCGAUUGUGGAGGAAGACCCGUAAACCAUACGGUAUCUGUAUAGGUAGCGAUCCGAACAGGAACUGGGACUACAAGUGGAACACCGCCGGAGGCGCCAGCAGUAACCCGUGUUCUGAAACACACGCCGGAAGUGCGCCUUUCUCCGAGAUAGAGACUAAGAGCAUGUCGGAGUACAUCGAAUCGAUCAAAGGCAAAUUCUUCGCGUACCUCUCCUUCCACAGUUUUUCACAGCUUUUGCUGUUCCCUUACGGUCACACCACGGAUCAUCUGGACAACUAUGACGAAUUGUACGCCAUCGGCAAGAAAUCGAUCGAAGCUCUUAAGAAGAGGUACGGCACUGAAUAUAUAACCGGAAAUAUCGCCGAAACGAUCUAUAUAGCCACUGGAAGUACCGUAGAUUAUAUCAAAGGCAUAUAUCGUAAGCCUCUUACCUACACCUACGAAUUACGCGAUAAAGGCAGACAUGGCUUUUUACUACCGCCCGACCAAAUUAUCCCGACUGGAGAGGAGACUCUGGAUUCUCUCGUGGCCAUGCUGAAGGAAGCGAAAGCACGUGGUCUCCCUAAAAAAGUUUAAGAUGACUUGCGAUUAAUCGUUUAUAGGAGCGACACUUUCUCACGUCGCGUGAGAAAGUGACGGAACUACAAAAUUUGCACUUUAAAAUUAGCAUUGCGAUAAGAUACACAAAAUAUCUGUAGGAAACAAAGUAUCGUCUUAAUUUGCAAUCGACCAUAACGACAUUUUUCGAGUUUUGCCAC